AUUGAACUUAUUCUGUUGAGAUAUCAAGACAUUUUAUUCCGUUAGACUUUGAACAACGCGAGAAUCUCUGACGUCCAAUGUUCUACCCCACCCCACCCUUACCUAACAACUUAUCAAACAUCCGAUCAUGUCACAACCAAUAACUGAUCUUCUGGUUCGAGUAGUGAACAAAGAAAGGACACACUCGAUGCACUGUUCGCAUUCCAAAAUCAACCAUUUUCAUAUUUCAACUCUCUACACGAAUUUUUUCAAAAAUCACGCAUUCAGUGUGUCAUCCAAUCAGAGGGUGACUCCACGUGACCAUAAACUAUGGCGAAGUUUUCUCUGUAUGUGUGUGUGUGCAUGCCACUCCAAGAAUGACAAUGUAUUCUUCCGGCCACACGUGACAUCGUUUAUCAAAGCCAGAAGACUUCAAAAAGCUGCUCGAGGAUUAAGCCACAAGGAAACAAAGACUUUAAGCGGCUAGAAACAAAAGACCAACAAAGUAACACCAACUGAUUGGAAGAAGGUACAAAAGACCACUUCCUCUACUGUUAGACCUCAAUUGUCGUGUGUAGUCUCUUCUCAAAAAGUGAAAGAUAGCCAACAUACACACGAGGAUAAAAGGCAUAUAUAGAGAGAUCUAGAGAACAAAGGCGAGUCUGGGUAACAAAUCAACACAAGAUUGAUAUUUAACAGUCCAAGACAAAGACACUCGGUGCGUGUGAAUAGUGCACGAUCCUAAACACUUGGAAGUGGAUCCCAUUUAGAGUUGGAAAAUUAGUGUUCAAACGUGAUUACAGUGUACGGACUUCAACAAAAUGUGUUUCUAAGAGAGCCAACAUAAGACGACUUGUCAUAUUAAAUUAUAUUUUGUGAUGUAUAACCAAAAACGUAUUGAACAAUAAUAGAAAUAUGAAACUUGUGUUUGAGAAAGACGACCUCACCAAACUAUUGGUUCUAACUUGUGUUAUCGUGUUAGUAUCAGGGCAAUGUUCCGUCUCUACUUUAUGUUCAGUGUGUGAUCCAGGAGGUCGUGCUGUGUGUGGAUCUAUAUGUCCUAAAGAUGUGGCACUGCCAGCUAAUAUUGUUUACCUAAGAGUGGACAAUGGAACGUGUGACGCCUGGGCAAGACAAGGUACGCUUAGACCGGAAUACUUCGGAACUUAUAAUGACCUGAAAGUUUUAAAUUUAACCCAGGCUCAUGUGGACAGAUUUCAGCCAGUGGCCAUGUUUACUUCAAUGCCAAAUAUUAAAGAACUUUAUCUGUCACACAACCUAAUUAGAAGUUUUUCUCCAACUGCAUGGACUGGGCUGUCGUCACUAGAACAUUUAGAUUUAAGUCACAAUACUAUGGUAGGCUUGGUUGCUACGUCAUUUUCAAAACUGAUCAAUCUGAAACAAUUAAAUCUUUCAAAUAACAAAAUCACAAUACAGAUACCAGACACAGCGUUUGCUGGACUUGCACAACUGAAGACAUUAACUUUAUCCAACAAUCCCAUUUCAAAUAUUGGAUCAAACGUUUUCCAACCUUUGGUUAAUGUAGAAACAAUACAAAUGAACAAUUUAACCUUAACAAACAUUUCAAAUGGACUUUUGAGUAAUUUAAAAUCAUUGAGAACUGUGGACAUUUCCGAUAACACUAUAUCUUCAGUGGCGAAUGAUUUCUUGACAGGAACAACUUUAGAUUUACUAGAUCUGUCUAAUAAUGUGUUGACAUCCGUUCCAUCUGAUGCUUUAAAAAAUUCUGCCACACCACCCAAAGUACUGAACCUGGCUCAUAAUAAAAUAACCCAGAUCUCAAGUACAGAUUUAAAAGGUAUUACAGCUAACAGAUUAGAUCUAAGUGGCAAUCCAAUAACUACAGUUGCAGGCGACGCCUUUGACGGAACAUCCGUCUCCUACAUAGAUCUCAGUAAUACAGGUUUGACAUCUUUACCCAACUCUACAGAGGCGUGGCUCAAAGGGAGUACCUCAACGAUAGACCUGACUAGCACUAACUGGCUGUGUGAUUGUACCAGUCUAUGGUUUGCACGUUUACUCCAGACCAAAGGUAACAUCAAGUCUCCAACAUGUACUGGCAAGUACAGUGGUACAACUCUGAAAGACGCCAGGUCACAGCUGGAAGCAGAUUGUAUGACUACCACAACGACUACUACUACCACAACAACAACUACAACUACAACACCAACCACGACCUCAACAACUCCGACAACGACCACUAAAAGAACAACAACGACAAAGCCUACCACAACCUCGACUACCAAAGCGACAACCACUACAACAACACAAAAACCAACUACAGUUUUGACAACCACUACUGCAACCUCAACUACCACCACUCCAACAACAAAGACUACCACUACUCCGGCCACAACGACAACCACCACGUCAACUACAUCGACAACAACCACUCCGACCACAUCAACAACCACAACGACAACCACAACAAGUUCAACGACUUCGACAACCACAAAACAACCUCCCACGAUAGCGCAGCAGUCACAAGCACAGAACCAAGCUAGCUCGGGAAACAGCCAGUCAGCCUCGUCCACCACCAGCGACAUCGUCCAAAUGAUGCCCAUUGUUUUGGCCGUGAUGACCACCAUUGCAUUGUGCCUGGCCGUGGCUGGACUCAUAGCAGGCUGCUAUCUCUGCAAGAAGACCAACAAGAUACAAGCGACGUCCUUUCAACCUCCGGCUAUGAAAUUGUCGUGGCAACCAGUGUAACUUUAGACGAAACAAAGUCAUAAGGCACUCUAGACAUAAGCCUGCAGGCUUUGAUGCAUGCACAAACAAACCCACAUAAAGGACAAAAUGGUCCAUGCAACUUAUCAAUUAAUUGUUAUGCAAUUGUUAUUUUAUCUUAUUUAUUUCAACAAAAAGAAAUCGAGAGAAAAAAAAGAAGCAUCAUUUUGGAACUGAAACGAAUAUGAUUAACUUUGGGAUUUACGCUGAUAUGCAAAUUGUAUAUAUGCUUUAGUUACCAAUUUUUUGUCAGCUUUGAAGUGUUUAGUGGCACUUGUAUAUUAUAAAAAUUGCAAUUGUUGGCAUGUUGUAAAGAGAUAUAUGAGUUACAAUACUCUAUUGAGUCAUCUCCUUCACAUGAAUCUAUAUUUUAUGUUGUAGCAUUCCAUGAAAUAAGCUUAACACUUUGCACAUCAUUAUCCCUAUAGUAUUAGUAUCCUUAUUCAACAAUCUUACAAUCUACAAAGUAAGGACCGUCUCCCCCACCCAAAAAAACAAAACAGAAUUACAAAAUUCAUUCACAUUGUAUGAUGCAUUUCAAUAGCAUCUUUUUUUAUUAUUAUUAAUUAAAGGAGUUGUGUUUUGUUGAAUCAUAUCGACGUGUUGGUUACAUAGUAAACAAGAUUGAAGAAGCUUAUGUUUAUAAGAUUGAAGAAGUUUAUGUUUAUAAGAUUGAAGAAGCUUAUGUUUAUAAGAUUGAAGAAGCUUAAGUUUAUAAGAUUGAAGAAGCUUAUGUUUAUAAGAUUGAAGAAGCUUAUGUUUAUAAGAUUGAAGAAGCUUAUGUUUAUAAGAUUGAAGAAGCUUAUGUUUAUAAGAUUGAAGAAGCUUAUGUUUAUAAGAUUGAAGAAGCUUAUGUUUAUAAGUUUGAAGAAGCUUAUGUUUAUAAGUUUGAAGAAGCUUAUGUUUAUAAGAUUGAAGAAGCUUAUGUUUAUAAGAUUGAAGAAGCUUAUGUUUAUAAGUUUGAAGAAGCUUAUGUUUAUAAGUUUGAAGAAGCUUAUGUUUAUAAGUUUGAAGAAGCUUAUGUUUAUAAGUUUGAAGAAGCUUAUGUUUAUAAGAUUGAAGAAGCUUAUGUUUAUAAGUUUGAAGAAGCUUAUGUUUAUAAGUUUGAAGAAGCUUAUGUUUAUAAGAUUGAAGAAGCUUAUGUUCAUGUUCACCAGGUGUAUCAGACGAUUGACAUAUAAAUUGUGCGCCUAACUUUGUUGAGGUGGGGGUUCUGUGUGAGAAACUAUUAGAUGCCAAACUUGGACUAGCUUGGGAAACUGUGAUAAUAUACCAUUUUUUUAAAUAUUUUUUCUCUGCUCAGUAUUAAUUUACAUUCCAACGGAGAUACUUCAAAUAUUU